ACAAAUCCUCAAACCCUAGGGAGUAGGGUUUAUACUACCAAAUAUCAAAACACAGAGGAAGAGAUUCCAGGGUCGAUUCUCACAAGGAAAGGCCCAAGAGAUAUAUUUGUUUCUCUGGCGAUGGAGGCUCUGGCGCUGAUGGCGAUGGCGGAGCGUCCUGGCAGUUCUACAUCCGAUUUGUUACCUGGAAGAUGGGAGCGAUCGUCAGGGCGAGGCGCUGCGUAGAUCAUCGAGCCGCCGCGUCGGCAGCGCUGGCCGGGAUUGUGGUCUUGUACAUCAAUUUCGCGCAUUCCACGCAUUUUGUGCCGAGCUUGGAGCGUGCCCUCUCCUCGGCGGAAGAUCUAAAGCUGUGGCUUCGCAGUGAGAACACGAAAAUGAGUAGAUUGCUGUCUGGGAGAAUCGGCAUUGUCAAGGAGGAGUUUUUAUUCGAGAAAGGUCUUGCACCGUUCAACAGCUGCCAUGCAUCGACGAUUGUCGAGCUUGAGCCCGAGCAUUUUAUGGUGGCAUACUUUGGAGGAACGUAUGAAGGCGACAGUGAUGUCGUGAUCUGGACACAGCGCUUCAAGCAUGGUGUCUGGUCUGAUCCUCAAGUAGCUGAUUCCGAGUUGGGUGUCCCCAUGUGGAAUCCCGUUCUGUUUAAAAUGCCCAAAGGCGAAGUGUUGCUGUUUUACAAAAUUGGUCCAGAAGUUCAGAAAUGGAGCGGGUUUAUGAAGAGAUCAUUUGACAACGGAGUAACCUGGUCUGCGAGGCAAGCUCUUCCUCCUGGAAUUCUUGGUCCUAUAAAGAACAAGCCUUUACUCCUGAGAGAUGGAAGACUUCUUUGUGGAUCGUCUGUUGAAAGCUGGGAUGCAUGGGGUGCGUGGAUGGAGGUUACCGAAGAUUCAGGCUAUACGUGGAGAAAGCAUGGUCCGAUUUACGUCCAACAUACUCCAAUGGGUGUCAUUCAACCUGUUCCAUAUCUCACAGACAAUGGCACAAUCCGAGUGCUUCUAAGAGCAACACAGGAGAUUGGGAAAAUAUGCAUGGCCUCAUCGUCCGAUGGAGGACGCUCGUGGACCUACGCUACUCCGACUCAGCUCCCAAAUCCAAACUGCGGAUUCGAUGGCGUUAAGCUGCGCGAUGGCACGCUUCUGCUUGUUUACAACACCGACUCUCGUGGUAUACUCAAGGUGGGGGUCUCUGGCGACGACGGAGACACUUGGACAGAGGAGAUUACUCUGGAAGAGCAGGAAGGCGGCGAAUUCUCGUACGCCGCAGUGAUCCAGUCUUUCACCGGUCUCGUUCACGUCACAUACACUUAUAAUCGAGUCCAGAUAAAGCACGUAGUUUUGAGAAUCGAGACAUUGAGGAAGACAAGAGAUUGAGUAAGUUGACGUCCAUUUCAGCCAUCGUGCCCCACUCACAUAUAGGACACCAACCAUUUUCUUUUGGUGGACUCGUGACACUCCAAGAUCUUUCCCAAGUCUACAGGUUCGUGUUUCUUAUAACUAGAUCGUCUAUUCUUUAUUUUUCUUUCUCAGGCCAAAUGAUUCCAUCAGUGUUGGUGAUUGUUUAAUUUAUACACAUCUAACAUGAAUUAAGACAUAAUUAAGAAGACAAUUCAUAUAAAAUGGUACGAAAGAUAGCUUGUUGACAAAAUUUUAAAAAAUCCCGCGGUU